AUGAAAGAUCUAUUGGCAAUGAUGACAAAUCUAUGCCAAAAAAUAGAAAAGAUAGAGACAGAUAAACAAAAUCUGAAAGCUAACAGUCAGCAGCAUGACUCUAAACAUGCGGAGCUACGUCGUCCGGCAGACGAAAAACAGCCAGAACUAGAAGGAGACGAUGGGAAACUCCAAAAAACCCAUAACAAUGUUUGUUUAAAUACAGCUGCAGGUACGAGCAAAAGAGUUACUGAAAAACCAAAAAAUACAAUUUUAAACCAGCUAUUUAUAAAGCCAUUUAUCCAAAAACCACAAAUACAGAUACCAGUAGAACCGCAAACAUCUACCUACGCAGUUAGCCUACAAAAUGACAAAAAGAGAUAUAACUACAUUACACAAUCCUACAUUGAAAAUAUAUAUAAAAUCCAGACAUAUUUAAACCUAAACCCAAGAUCCACAGAGACAAAAAAUCCCGAAGAAGAUUACAUAACCCAGAAGCUACAGGGAUACAACAAACUUAUAGCACAACCUAAAACCAACCCAAACCUAGUAAAGACAUGUUACAGUUACGGACUACUAAAUACAGUAUAUACAUAUACCGGAGAAGAAAUAAUUGGAAUACCGGAGCUACAUAGAGCAUUCUUGACAUAUAAAAGAAUUACUAAAGGGAACCUAUUCUAUAUAAAAUUCUAUACAGCACCAGCAGAGAUACUAUACGAGGAGAUAAAAUCACCAAUACAAGUUGUAAAUAUAGGACUAACCAGAGAUAUGAUUAUACCGGAAGAAAUAAAAAAACAAAUCGAGAUACCAAAGACAGAAAUACCUAACUUUUAUGCGAAUAAAAGAAUAAUUGGUAUAGCUACAAUUAUACAAGAGUUAGCAAAUAAUUAUUUAAACGGCAAUGCCAUUUGGAGCUAUUAUGCAAGAGAUCAGGUAAUGAUUUAUGCGAACUCCAAAGAAAUAAGGAAAUCAGAUAUGGAUGAAGUCCAACGAUGGAUUUUGUCAUUACUAAAGCCAGAAGAACAACCAACUACAAGAGCCUUGAAGAAGGAAUUUAUUUUAGAAGAGCUACUAGUAAGAUAUUGCAAGCUUAUCGGAAAUAAGUACCCAGAUCACAGAUGCUCCAAGUGUAAUGGAGAAGACAACGUAAUACCAACAGUUGAUUUGGGAUAA